GACCGAUUAAGUAAAUUUCACUACAACAGACUUUCUUGAAAUGUUUACAUCUACCACAAAAAUAUAGUAGAAGUGUAAAUUUAAUUUAUAAAUUAAAUAGCAAUGUCCUCUUUCAGCAAUGCUUUAGAUGAGAUUGAUCACUUUAGAAAAAGUUUUGUCGGUGUUGAAUCAAUAAUUUUUCAUAACACUCCCGGCUCCAAUCAAAAAGCUAAGAAAAGGCCACCGAGUAGAUCGUCUAUAGCAGUGUCCGAAAAACAGGAUCAGCGAAGAAGUACCAGUUUUAUGAAACAAUCACUCCAUCUGAGAAGUGUGCCUUUGGCUAAUGAGCUGCCUUCCGAUGUGCCGAUUCCAAACUCGGUAGUUCGAAACAACAGUAUCGAUUCUUUCAGAAGAGAAUCUUCUAUCAGCAAACAGAGAAGACUGAGCAAAGAUGAUAUCAAGGCACUGAUAAAAGUUGCUGUGAUGGAACAAAUGAAUAAAGAGAAUGAAACUCCGAAGCAAAGUGACACUAAUUUGAAACAACCAAUGAAGACUUCAGGAAAUGAAACUCGAAGAAUGUCUAAAUUGAAGAUGGACAGGAAACUGUCGCUGAGAAGAUCAAGUGAAUUUGACAAACGCAAAUCGAUUCUACGAAGCGUUAGAAGAACUUCUGAAGAACAGGCUCCAGAAAUUAGACCCUCACUUCUUGAAGAGAUCAGGAGAGCUAUUCAGAUGGAAACCUCUCAAGAGAACGAAAGAAAACUGGUAAUAGCUGAUGAAAAGCUUGAAAAAUCAGAAGAGGUGGUUGCGAAAGAUUCUAAAAAAUCGGAUACAAUUGCAUCGUCAAACGCGUGGCUGGAGAAUAUAACUGAAAGGCUGUCAUUAUCUUCGAAGCGUGUAAGUGAACUAAGCGACAAGAUUGCUGCUACCAGAAAGUCUUCAAUGCUGUCUGUGGACUCGGAUGAUAGCAUCACAUGGUCACAGAGAAUGAGUGAAAUGGAUACACCUUCGAAAUCAAAACAGAACGCUUCGGAUCGUUUCAAAAGCAUCGACGCCAAAUUAUCGAAACAGAGCAGAAGCAGACAAUUCGGGUCGGGAUCCAGAGCAUGUAAGAGCGCAAACGUUUCUCGAGACUCAAAAUGCCGACUAAUCAGAGUUGGAAGUCCGUCAGUUUUAUCCGACAAGAGCAGUUUCACGUACAGAAGCGACGAUUGUUCGGCUUUUGCACGCGCCAGAAAAACAAGGAGCGCCGAUAAGGAGCGACGUAGCAGUUUUUCGAACAUCAAGGUGGGUCCAGCUAUGACGAGACACCUGGAACAGGAGCGCAGUUCGACCAAAAUCAAAGGCAGUCCAUCGAAUCUAUCGACUAAUCGAAGUGACAGUGCCGAAAAAAUCAGAGAUUCCUCCAGGUCUGGAUCGAAGUUGGUUAGGAGAAGUAAGACCGGUCUACAGAACGCUUCCAUGGAACGCCUAGGGAACAGAUCCCGGAGUAACUGUUCCGUGGGUGACGCCAGGUUCAAUCCCGAGCGGAGGUCGCUGACAAAACGAGCCAGUUUGACCGAUUUGAUCGGCCUCUACUACUCGACGCCUACCAGGCGGUCAACACUUGAAGGGUUGAAGAGCUAUCAGGAAUCAAUUUCGAAGAAAGAUAGCAAUGGUGGGGGUGGUAGAGUUGUCAAGAAUGCAGGGGGAGGCUCAGUGACAUCAAUUAUUGCAAAAACUCCGAAAACUCCGCAAAGUUUGAAAAACGGAAACGACGAAGACUCCUGGUAUACUCCAGAUACUCCUACCAGAAGCUCAGUAAGUCUUCAGGGUAGACUUGAAGAUUGCAAAACCGCGGAUGAACAUGACACUGACAAUGAGUUAGUUGAUGAAAACGUUGCUAAACCUAUCAUUGUGAAGUCAAUCAUGAAGAGUGUGAAUGAUGAUAGAAGUAAUACAAGAAGAGAGGAGAAUUCGGGAGAAGAUGAAGGGGAAGAGAAGAAGAAAAGUGAGAAAGGAGGUAGGAGAUUAUCGCUGAUUGGCGCUGAAACUCUGGUAGUGCCAAGUGAUGCACAAGAGGAAAAAGGAGAGAAGAAGAGAAGAAGGAGUUCACAGAGAAAAUCAUCUUUGAAGUUAUCUGUUCCAAAAACUGUGAGGAAGAAGUCAGGAGAUAAAGGAGUGGCAAACAAAAAGGAAUCAAAAGUAGGCCAGGAAUCAAAUUUGAGAAAACUGGAGAGAAGAGAAUUUGAUAAAAGCUUAGAAGAAAUUGAUAAGUCAGUGAAGGGACUGAAAAGGUUAGUAAAUGUGGAUGAGAAGAAUGAUGAUACCGCUACUGAGAAGUGUUUGAAAGAACCAAAAAAUAUUGCCCCUAAACAAAAAGCUCAUCAUGAUUGCAAACUGUCGGGAGAGCUGGAUUCGAAAUUGUUGAAUGUAAACAAACAAAUAAGAAACAAUAAUUAUAGAACCGAAAAUAAUAAGAAACGAUCUUUCGAUUCGGAAUUGAUGAAUGUGAAUGUAGAAAUUAGAAACAAAAUUAGACCGAAAAUCAAAGCUCACAAGCAGGAAGAAGAUACUAACGAUAACCACACACUUGAUUUCAAAAAUAUUAGUUUGUUAAGAAUCUCUAAAGCUGAUAAGACUAAUAGAGUUUCAGUGGAUAAGGAUAAAAAUAGCGUGAAAAAUAGAUCAUCCAGUGUUAUAGACAGUAGGACAGAGAAAAUACUGAAAAGGGCGAUUCAUUAAAAUUCAAAAUCUAGAUUUAGGUUAUAUAUCACUGUUGAUAUUUUUCCAAAUUUCAAUCUAUUUAUCUUUGAAAAAUGAGCAUUUGAGUCACAUUUUUCACAUAAUGGCUCCUGAAUUUCGUUUUUGAAUGUGACGAAUGGUAAUCUCCAAAUUAUUUGAGCAAUAUUGAUAGUGAAUUUGAAAUUGAUUUUUCCAAGUGACUACUUUAUUUGAUUAAAUCGAUCAAAACUCGUUUUCUGACUUGAGUUUUGAGAAGAGU